UCACUUUUUAUUCUAACAGUUUGACAGCUUGUUUGCAAGACUUCUUCAUUUAGACAGAUAACGCGAGUGUCAAGUCUUUUCUUGGCGCAUACAAUCAACCACAGAAAAUUUUUUUGCGCGUCCUUAUUGUAAUUCUAAGUAAACAACAAUUCACUUGACCGAUAAUGCAAUUUGAUAGUCUAAAAUUUCCCAUUGUCAAAAAUUUCCCUCGGUAAAUUUUCUUUUUCUCAAAGCGGUCGAUUAUGUUGUGAGCAGCGUCAAGUUUAUGUCAAAGGUAAAAAUGAAUGAGUCUUUCGCUUUCCAGAAACCUCUCUUGUCAGACUUGCCUCAUUGUAUGAGUUAUUUUGCACUUCCUUUGAGAAAAUUGCGUAAAAGAAGUACAAAACAGUACGAGUUCAAAUUGCUCGUAUGGUAUAGCGCCAAUGAACCGAAAAAGAUCCAAUGUGGUGUAAAAAUUGUUCAUAGCACCUGCAACAAGCGGUGUCUUCUGUCAUUACCCAACAAAGACAACAAAGGCGCUUGCAGAGCGACAAACCGCUGGAGCGGUCAUUUGCAUGCGCAAGCGAAUUAUGUAAAUGAUUUACUGCUCAGUGUUGAAAGGAAAACAAGAACCAAGGUUGAGUAAUACGGCCGGUGGUGUACGUUUGAACAUGUACCUUCUUUGUCCGAUCAUUGCCAGAAUGACACAGUUGAAAUAACGUCCACGGUAAUGGCGGCUUGGGUGUUUCGCUUCCUCGUACGGAGGCCGAAACUCUGCUUCGGCUUGACCCUUGGAGCUCAUUUUGUCUUACUUCUAGUGACGGGUUCUUUGUAUCUUUCUGGUUACGACAUUUUGCCGGCCGAUUUCACCCAGGUGCCCUUAAAUCUCGAAGACGAUGUGACAAAACUUCGUGCGGACGCGUGGAAAUUCGCCCGGCAAGAUUCCCGAGUAAACAUAAAUCCCACAUCCGUGGGAAUUCAGGGCGAAAGGACUAUCCAAUACGACAUGCUGGAGUUGAUGUACGACGCACAACAAGGCAAUACCUUCACAAAACAGAAUCUGAAAUUAAUUCACGACGUAGAGAUUGAAAUCUUCAACAAUUCUAUUUAUCAGCAACGCCUUUGCCAGGUCAUGGCAAAUGGCCUUUGUAAAUUGCCCUUGUCGAUUAUUCGCUUCUUUGACGGCAGUUAUAGAUCAAUUCAUCCAGAUCUGUUCGAUCCCGAGUUUGAAAAUAUCACGAGAAUUCUAAUCCUGGCUAACUCUAUGAACAUAACUCGGGCUAUGCUAGACUUUCAUCUGGACAAGCACGCGGUAAUCCAUUCCGCUAGCGAUGUUGCUGUUCAAUCACGAUACACCAGAUCGUUAUUUUACAUUGGUUAUCCUCUUAAAGGAUUCCACAACACAGAGGACCGCGUCGACGAACAGUGGGACGAAGCUCAGUUUUUCGCGAGCGAGGCAUUUGCCAAGUUGUUGGAUAAAAAAUUCAAACAAGGAAUCGGUGCCAUGAAAUUUUAUUAUUUUCUCCGCGCUUUAUUUUUUAAUGCCAUUUCGCAGCAGGUUAUAUAUGAUCUUCUUCUGGCCGGUGCAAGCUUUACAUUUAUCUUCCUAUUUAUGCUCUUUCAGACUCAGUCCCUUUGGAUAACAGGCUGGGCCGUGUUUAGCAUACUCACGUGUUUCUUCGGCGCGAAUUUGAUUUACCGAGUGAUAUUGGACUGUCGGUACAUCGGCAUUUUUCACGUCCUUUCUGUGUUUAUAAUCCUUGGCAUUGGAGCGGAUGAUGUAUUUGUGUUUAUUGACACAUGGAAAUCUUCGGAGUCAAUGGCCUUUCGCAACAUGGCAGCAAGGAUGUCAUUGGUUUACCGGCGCGCGGCCAGUGCCAUGUUUACAACUUCCUUCACUACGAUGGUGGCUUUUGUGACAAGCGUGUUUUCCCCACUCUUGGGUGUGUCCACCUUCGGCAUAUUUUCAGCGCUGCUAGUUUUUGUAAAUUUUUGCUCCGUGAUAAUUUUCUUUCCUACUGUAAUAAUAACUUACGAGUACUACUGGAAAGCCUAUCGUUGGCAUUGCUUUGGGGAUUUGAAAGCGUGGCAGGCAAUAACGUCACGUAGAGAAGAUAUAAUUCAGGGCGAGGGACCGGAAGAACAACAACGAGAGGAGAAAUUCGUGGAACCGAGCAAGCUUGUCAGCAAGUUCCUUGAAAAUAGCUUCUUCGAAAAUUUCAUUGCGCACAGGACAAUUCGAUGGAUUAUCUUGGGAGUGUUUUUCAUUUUUCUUUGCGUUUCAAUUGGAUUUGCCACACAGCUCACUCCAGAUGAAGAGCCGGUGGACGUCUGGGGCCCGGGCACUAACUGGUACAGUAUCAAACAGUUAAGGCGCUCCGCGUUUCGUCCGAGUCAAGAAGACGACGUUGUUGAAGUUCACAUCAUCUGGGGUCUGAAGAAUCAAGAUCGGAGUUCAUGUCACUUUACAGACUUUAAGUGCAAAGGAAGGACGGUGUUUGAUACCAGUUUUGAUCUCAACCCGUCAGACUGUCAGGUGGCCUUGCUAGACUUUUGCAAAGAACUGAAGAAUUUACCAGAUCACCAGGUCACAAACUUGGAAAUAAGACGAAACGCCGUCUCUGGAGAACCAGAAAUCCAAUGUUUUAUGGAGAGACUGAAUGAAUACCUUCAGGACGAGGCUACCAAGCCCAAAUAUUCAAACACCACUGUCCUAACCAUACCCUCACAUGAAGAUGACGUACGGCUGCUAAUGGCGCGAAACCCUCAGUUGUUCAACAUAACGCUUGUGGGUGAGAUGUACAACAGAUACUUUGAAGCAAUGCUUGGCUACUGGUUAACCAAUGCCAAUCAGUCUGUUACGUCAUCUGACUACAAAACCUACGGUGGGCUGCUGGGUGGAUCAAGGGACCCAACCGACCCCUCCACAGAGCCAAAUUAUCAAGGCGGUAAAUAUGGGAACAAGCUUCUAUUUGCUUCUGUGGCUGUCAACACGACCAUGGUUCUAAGCAAGACCGGACAAACUGAAGGACUCAAGGUGUAUAAACACUGGGAAGACUUUGUAAAACAAAAGAUGAGAACUAUGCCUCCUUCAUGUAAGAAUGCCUUUCAAGCCACUCCCAAUGGACAUAACGCUUGGCAUUGGCUCAAGGUUAAAAAAGUCCUGGCAUCAACCGCUGUGCGAGGUAUCCUGCUGGGACUGGGGCUGGCCAUCUCUUUGCUAGUAGUGAUGACGUCAAACUGGAUAGUGGGUCUGCUGUGCGGGGCCAUCAUCUCUUGUAUCACUGUGGGUGUUGUUGGUGUUAUACCGCUGGCCGGAUGGAAGUUGGGCGUUCUUGAAUCUCUCAAUCUGACGCUGGUGGUCGGUCUUGCUGUUGAUUACGUAGUUCAUCUUGCUGACGGUUACGUGCGAUCCCAGAAGCAAUCACGCCAGGACAAAGUCCGAGAGACGCUAGGUCACGUGGGGAUUUCUGUGUUGUCAGGAGCGAGCACGUCACUAGGGGCCUCUGUUUUUAUGGUCGCGGCGAAAAUUCUCUUUUUCUUUCAGUUUGGUAUUUUCAUGUUUUGCACCAUUGGUCUUUCAAUUAUUUACGCUCUAAUUUUGUUCACGACUAUUCUGGGAAUAUUCGGUCCUGAGGGAAAUACCGGAUCACUGGAGCCGUUUUACAACUGGUGUAAGAGAAAGACUGGUCGUCCUAUUCAAGAGGAAGAGAUUCCUUGCGAAGAAAUUAACGAACUAGGUUACCGGUCACCUUCCACAAGUCCCCGUAGAACAGCCACACCUUUAUAACAUCAGCUAAUGGGCGAAUUUACUCCAAAUAUCAGAUACCUUUAUACGCUUUUGACCGAGCAUUUCUUUGAAUUGGUGCAUGCUUUUUGGAAAUUAUCGGGGUGGCUUUGCUGCACUUAGACUUGUCAGGUGACUUAACUGUUAUAACCCUUGAACUUCUAACAAGAAUCAAUGUUAAUUUUGUGCAAUCUUAAACAAAAGAUGUUUAAAAGGUGAAAUGAUAUUUGUUUCAAUUCAAACUCACUAUUUGCAGUCACAACAUAAUCAGGGCGUUACAAAUUAAUAUAUUACAGACAUACUUUUAGCAAUUUUAAAAGUAUUAAAGGAAUUGAAAAAAGAUUGGUUUCUUAUAACAGGAAACCAACAUAUAGCGGAGGAGACAAAGCGAAAAGUACAACUCUGACUAAAAAUUCAAAACAAGUCAUGGCUAUAAUGUUUAUAAUAAUAUACAUGAAAAAAUUACUCGAUUCUGAUUGGC